GCGCGUCAAUCAUUUCUCGCGCUCCAAGCUGUUGGGUAGAGGCUACACAGUCACCCUGAAUACACGAAACGUGAAGGGACUGGUCUCGUUUAUCUUAGAGUAAGCUAUAGGAAGAGGUGAAAUGGUGUAUGUUUGGACUGAGCUGAAAUGAGAGCAGCGUUGGCUAACAGAGACGUCUGAACUGGUGCGCGCUGGCACUGGAGGGAUCUUUAGGAAGGAGCUGAGCACCAGUUAGUGAGUUUGUUUCCCCAUUAGCUGCUUUUCAUAAUGUGAACGUGUAUAAAAACCAGCUUCGGCUCCAGAAUUAACUGUGGAAGUGUUCGCGUUGUCCUCGUCUUGUUCCUCACAACCGUGCCAAUGCUGGAAGGGCUUGUGGCUUUGUGUAUUCUGAUCCUGGUGGUCUUUAUAUGGCCGGGUUCCAAAUAUUUUGGUACUGGAUACCAGUCGGAUGAUGUGCUUCAGAGAUUGGGGAUCUCACAGCGGGGAGCGAAAAACAGGGUCGGCUCAGACCUAGAUGGGAACAACGUCGCCCAGCCGGUCUGUGUUGGAGCUGUGACCGAGGAGAACGCACACACCGCGGCACUUAUAUGCAAACCGUCCGCGCUGGCCAACUACCUUCAGAAACACUGCAAGACUUUCACUAAUUACUCGCCAUGUGUCGGCUGGACGUGGCGAGCCAGUGCCUUGCUUCAGACUGUGUACGAGUUGUGUUGGCCGGGCGAAAGAUCGAUCCAGUUUGUGCGGGACAACCUGCAGCUGAGUGAUGACGGGCUGGUGUCAUUGGACUGGGCAGUGCCAUCCUACCAGAAAAGACGCAGAACUUCAAGUCACUCUACCAGUCCGGUUCUUCUCAUCAUCCCGAACUCUUUCGGGAAGAUUACAAGAAAUGUGUUAAAGCUGUGUGAAAUGGCACUGUCCCAUGGCUACCUUCCGGCAGUUUUCAACCGCCGUAGUCACAACGGCACACCACUUACCACCCUCAAACUGCAGCAGUUUGGCGACCCCACAGAUCUGCGUGAAGCUGUGCGCUACAUUCGCUACCGACAGCCAGCAGGAAGACUGUAUGCAGUGAGUGAGAGCUCUGGGUCAGGCCUUCUCCUGUCGUACCUGGGAGAGUGUGGAUCAUCAAGCUAUGUGACAGCAGCUGUCUGCCUGUCCCCUGUGUUUCGCUGUCAGAGCUGGUUUGAGAAUGGGCUAUGUUGGCCCCUGCAGUGGGCCCUGGCUCUGUACCAGAAGAUGGGUCUCAGCAGGUACAGAACUGCGCUGGGUGAGACCAUGCAAACAGAUGCCCUGUUUUCUGCCUGUACGUUGCGUGGUGUGGAGGAAGCUCUGUUCUGUCAGACUGGACAUGUGGGCUGUACACCAGCAGUGCCAACAGGGAUCAGCAGUAGCAGCAAUACUUCAGGUACCUGGGAUAUUUACUGGGAACGAAAUGAACCUUUAAGAGACGUGGAUGAAGUGGCUAUUCCUGUUCUGAGCGUGUGCGCCAGGGAUGACCCAAUCCGCGGAGACGUUCAGACCACAGUUCCCUUGGAACUUUUUGAAACCAACCCACACUUUUUUCUCCUUCUGACUGACCAUGGAGGUCACUGUGGUUUCUCCACCCAGUCAGAGAGGAGUGUCACUGGUGCAUCAAGUGCAAUCAGUUCUGUAGCUGCUUCAAACAGUGGACUGACAAGUCAUGGUACUAACUGGAGCCACAGAGUUCUACUUCAAUUCUUCAGGGCCACCACAGACUUUUUCAGCGCAGAGGAGAGAGCAAAGCAGCUGGCUGCAAGGAGAAGAGGGCUGGGGGGAGCUGCAGGAGGGAGAGCGUUCCGUCACCGCAGUGUCAGUACCUGUAAACGGGUGCCAGCGUGUUCCCACAAUAUCCAUGCUAUUUACAACUGGCAGAGAUCCUACACACGAUGAACAAAGCUUAUCUGAAGUUGUAGGUACUUUGUAAAGUAUCACGCAGUCUGCACGCUUGUGGAUUAAUUGAAGUUAAUGAACUUGCUUCUCACAAAACACCAGGAAAACAGAAUUUUCUUUUGGACCAUGCAUUGCUUAUGUCACUGCUUACUAACACAUAGAUCUCUGUCUGUGCUUGAGGUAUCACAGCCAUCUGUAAAUCAGCUAGAAAGUGUGACACCGUACAAACAAAACAAAACACAAACCUACUUAUUGCACUAAGAGUGUGAAACUCCACACGGAACCAUCAAUAAUCUGCACUGAUGUUUUAGUUUGGAUUUAGGAUGUGAAGGACUUAAAUUUUUCUGUUUCAUUUGUGACACAGAAGGGUUCUUCAAAGUGUUACUGAAGUCAGAAAGUUUGUCAGUGCUUGUGUGUAUUGUCAUGUUUAUAAGUCAUGUUGUGAGCUGUAAACCAUUAGGUGAAAGAAAAUGAAGGCCACAAGAUUUCAUGCAGAUUGUAUGUUUAAAUGUUCAAGCCUGACAACAAACUCUCAGUAUGGGCAUCUAUGUAUUUCUACAGGCAGAUUCACAUCCUUUUAAUGCCAAACAGAAUCAUUUUACAUUUUUAUUCAUGUAUAUUUAUUGGUAAAUUUAAUCUGCUUCACAUUCGCAUAUUUCAGUUAAUUUGUUACCACAUUUGCAUUGUUACCUCCAGAACUGCAUUGUCAUUUGAGAUAUUAUAAUUGUUGUAUAUUACAAAAAGUGUAUUUAUUCGUCAGCAAGCCCUGUGCCUUGGCUAAAUUAAAAGAAAAUUCAUUUGAGCUAAAUACUAAAUGAAGAUGACAUCCACUGUUAUUGUCCAAGGGACAGAGAGUUUAUUCUAUGUAUUAUUACAUCAAAAAGCGGAACGUGUGUUGUUUCUAUCUAGUGGGCUUUUUAGAGGAAAAUCUGUGUCAGUUACGACAUUUUAGUCAAUAACUGGCUGGAGGCAUGUUUCUGUUACAUCAUUUAAACAUUUUAGGUUUUUUAUAUUUCUCCAGCUGGUCAAGAUCUGUUGGUGGUUUCACACUAGGAUGGAAAAAAAUGAGACUUUCUGUUUAAAACCUUUUUUUCCAUGAAAUGUUUGUCACUUGUAUUCAUA